AUGGACGAAUUUGAAACAAUAAAUCUUGACAGUAGAGAGUGCAAGAUUUGUAAGCAAGAAACUGGAGAAGAACUGAUUUCUUGUAUUUUACACAAUCAGUUUUCUACCGCGGAAAAGAACAUCAUUUUUUCGACCGACGACAGCGUUUCUUCAAUCGAGGAAGGCGAACCUUCAUUUGCUCAUCGUGUUUGUUUGGAGAGAUGGGACGCUGUGAUGAAAAAUACUUACUUUCCUCAGCCAAAGAAAACUUGGAAAGAUCGACUCAAAGGUUUUAUAACCACUGGAUCUGCAAAUAACAAUGUUACAGAAACAUGGACCCCAGUUGAUUAUAAUGUUGGGCCAGCCUCGGACCAACCGAUAUUGGAAUCCACUACAAUGCCAGAAAAGGCAAGAUCGCCCUAUUCUGUUUUUAGCGGGAGCAAAGAAGCUUAUCGAGUAGAAAAUGUGGGGGAAAGAGACACUGAACGUGAGCACUGGCGAAGAAAUAAGGUUCGCAUCUGUUCUGUUGACUCAGAAGAUGAAGUUGAAGAACGUGUUCUGUCGAGCAAAGGAAUUGUUUUUCGUCGCACAAGGACGGAACGUGAGUACAUAAGCUUA